AUGAGUUCGUCAGAGGAUGAGACUGCCCUUAGUCAACUACCUAUUGAAUCACAAUCAGUAUCCACCACGCCGACCUCAGACGAAAUUGACCGUGAAGAGGAGGAGGCCGAUGUUCCAUUGACGAAGAGAAGCAGGAGGAAAGUUGCUGUGGAGUCAGAUGACACUGACAACGACGAUGAUGAUUACGACGACGACGAUGUGCCGUUGUCCAAAAAGGCAAAGAGUAAUAAUGGAACGGCAAAGACUAAACCACUGAAAGAGACAAAGACAACGAAAAAGACCGAUACAAAGAGGAAAACUACUUCUAAAGUGAAAGCUGAACCGAUAGCCAAGGCAACGACAACAACAUCCACAACUGCUAAAUCAAAAGUCAAGAGUGAGCCUUCAAUGAGAUCUGCAAGGGUAAAGAAGGAGCCAUCGGUUAAAAGUGAAGCUAGAGCGAAGAAGGAAAUAUCCGUCAAGAGCGAAACUCCAGGGACUGAAGAUGAAGACACGUUCAAAUGGUGGGAGCAACAAACGGGAGAUAACGAUGGUGAAAUCAAGUGGCAAUCGUUGGAACAUAAUGGAGUCAUGUUCCCUCCACCAUAUGAACCUUUGCCAUCGCACGUCAAACUAUACUAUGAUGGAAAACCUGUGAAUUUACCCAUUGAAGCCGAGGAAGUUGCUGGCUUUUUCGGAGCCAUGGUUGAGACUGAUCAUGCAAAGAAUCCUGUUUUCCAAAACAAUUUUUUCCAAGAUUUCCAACAAGUUUUGAAAGAGUGCGGUGGUUGUGGUGUUGAAAUCACCGAUUUCAAUAAAUUGGAUUUCAGCAAAAUGCAUGCAUAUUUCGAAAAGAAAAGAGAAGAAAAGAAAGCAUUGAGCAAAGACGAAAAGAAACGAUUGAAAGAGGAAAAGGAAAAAAUUGAAGAACCGUACAAGACAUGCUUACUCAAUGGGAGAAAAGAGUUGGUGGGUAAUUUCCGUAUUGAACCUCCAGGGUUGUUUCGUGGCCGUGGUGCACACCCUAAAACUGGUAAGUUGAAAAGAAGAGUUUAUCCUGAACAAGUGACGCUCAACUUGAGUGCUCAUGCUAAAGUGCCUGACCCACCACCGGGCCACAAUUGGGCCGAGGUGAGGCACGAUAAUGAAGUUACAUGGCUAGCUAUGUGGAAGGAAAACAUUGCCGAUUCGUUCAAAUAUGUACGAUUCGCUGCCAAUUCAUCAGUCAAGGGACAAUCCGAUUUCAAAAAAUUUGAAACGGCACGGGAGUUGCGUAAAUAUGUCGAUGCAAUUAGGAAAGAUUAUACCAAGAUGUUAAAGCUGGAGAAGAUGCAAGAUCGACAAAUGGCCACGGCAAUGUAUCUUAUUGACGUGUAUGCCUUGAGAGCAGGUGGUGAAAAGGGUGAAGAUGAAGCAGAUACUGUUGGGUGUUGUUCGCUUCGAUUUGAACAUAUUACUUUAAAACCACCAAACACGGUAAUCUUUGAUUUUCUUGGUAAAGACUCGAUUCGGUUUUAUCAAGAGGUGGAAGUUUCGAAACAAGUUUUCAAAAACUUGCGCAUAUUCAAAAAGGACCCCAAGCAGCCAGGCGACAAUUUAUUUGAUCGGAUAAAUCCCAGUAUGGUGAAUAAACAAUUGCAAAAUUAUAUGAAGGGAUUAACGGCAAAAGUUUUCCGUACUUAUAACGCAUCCAAGACUAUGCAGGAUCAAUUGGAUUUGAUCCCUAAUGAAGGUACCGUUGCUGAAAAAGUUGUCAAAUUCAAUGCAGCUAACAGAACAGUGGCCAUCUUGUGUAACCAUCAGCGUACCGUGAGCAAGAAUCACGGCAAUUCCGUACAGAAAAUCAGUGACAAGUUGAAGGAAUUGACGUGGCAAAAGAUUCGAACCAAAAAAAUGCUUCUUCAAUUGGAUCCCAAAUUGAAAAAGAAGGAUCCUAAAUAUUUUGAAGAGUUGGAUGAUUUAGUGAAAGAGGAUAUUGAGCAUAUACAUCAUGAAAUCAUUGAGCGGCAGAAACAACAAGUGAUGAAGAAGUUGGAACGUGAUAACGAGAAGUUGAAGAUUGAAAAAAAGCCUUUACUAACAAAGAAGGAUAUCAAGGAUAAAUUGGACAAGAUCCACGAGUUGGAAAAAGAAUACAAGAAGGAGUUGAAAACUGGUAAACCGGAACUUCCAGCCAAAAUGACUGUGGAGAAAUGUUAUCAACAAAUUGAAGCUCUUGAGAACCGAAUAGUGUCAACCUCAUUACAAUUGAAGGAUAAAGAAGAUAAUUCCGAGGUUUCUUUGGGUACUUCGAAGAUGAAUUAUAUCGAUCCUCGAUUGACCGUUAUGUUUUCAAAGAAGUUUGAUGUUCCGAUUGAAAAGUUGUUUACAAAGACUUUGAGGGACAAGUUCAAGUGGGCUAUUGAAUCUGCCGAUGAGAACUGGAGGUUUUAG